AUGGCAAAGUUCAUAGCACCCGAUCAACUUUGUGUUAUUGAAUACCUCAAGAAUGCUUUGACAAACAUCCAUGAGAAGACUGUAGCCAUCAUCGAAGCUUUUCCUGGUACAGGGAAGACAGAAUUCCUUGUUUAUGCUAUCGUGACUAUGUUGGCUUAG